AUAGUAACUAGGAUGUAUACCUACAACACACAUUCUCAUUUAAGUGUCAGAGGUUGAAUUAAAAAAAAAAGAAAAAAAAAACUACCCGACUGUAUUUCCCUUCUUUCUGAUGUGUAAAAAUGUGAAUAUUCUUUAAACCCGUGCCGCUACAAAUAUAAUAUCGUUUUGGAUAUUUUUUUUUCUGCGGUCGGGAUAAUAAAAUCUCUUCGAGAAUUGACCGGUUCAAUAUACAUCUAUAUUUCAUUUAUAUACAAUUCAUUAUUAUCAGUUAUAUUUUCAAAGUCAUUAAGAAUGUCAGGAAAAAAUAAUGUUGAAAAAGUUGACAAUCAUGUCACCAAGCAGUACGAUAUUCUCAAACGACUUGGCAAGGGGGCUUACGGCAUUGUUUGGAAAGCUAUUGAUAAAAAGACGAAGGAAAUAGUAGCGGUAAAAAAAAUUUUCGAUGCCUUUAGAAAUCAAACGGAUGCUCAAAGAACAUUUCGAGAAAUUGUCUUUUUAUUAUCAUUCGCCAAUCAUGAAAACAUUAUUCAAUUAAUUGGUUUACAUAAAGCCAAUAAUGAUCGAGAUAUUUAUUUAGUCUUCGAAUUUAUGGAAACGGAUUUACAUAAUGUGAUAAAAAAAGGAAAUAUUUUACACGAAAUUCAUAAAGUUUUCAUUAUGUAUCAAUUAUUAAAGGCUAUUAAAUAUAUUCAUUCUGGAAAUGUUAUCCAUCGAGAUUUAAAACCAUCCAAUAUAUUAUUAAAUUCACAAUGUCAUUGUAAAAUUGCUGAUUUUGGAUUGGCUCGUUCCGUGACACAAAUCGGUGAAGGUGACGGUGAAACCGGAAGCGAUCCAACCCUAACAGAUUAUGUUGCCACCCGAUGGUACAGAGCUCCUGAAAUAUUGAUCGCUUCGAAAAGGUACACGAAAGGUAUCGACAUGUGGUCUUUAGGAUGUAUUCUUGGUGAAAUGCAGCUUGGAAAACCUCUCUUUCCAGGAUCAUCGACAAUUAAUCAAGUCGAAAGAAUCAUGGCCACUUUACCGCCCCCAACCGAAGAAGAUUUGCUAUCAGUUUGUGCUGGUUAUGGAUCUAAUUUGUUAGACAAAACUCCAACAGGACCGCGUCAAAAUCUCGAGGAUCUUUUGCCUAAUGUUUCUGAAGAUGCCUUAAAUCUUAUUAAUAACUUAAUUGUAUUUAAUCCAAAUUACAGACUCACAGCUGUUAAAGCUUUAGAACAUCCCUAUGUAACAGCGUUUCAUAUUCGUGGCGAAGAGCCUGAAAGAGGUUCAAGUGUAAUUCCCCUUUUGAGAGAUGAUAUACAAUUAUCUGUUGAAGAUUAUCGAAAUCAAUUAUAUGCCAUGAUGGAUGAAAAGCACAAAAAACAUAAAAACAUGUCAAAAUCUAGAAUUAGACGGCUCUCGGAACACAUUAGGAAGGAGACCAGUGUUGGUCAAGGAGAUUCUCUUUCUCAAAAAAAGAGUUUCUAUUCGUCUUGUGAUGACUUGCGAAAACAGAGAAGCAAAAGUGAUGGUUACAAACCAUCAGAUACUGAAAACUUUGCGCGUACUGAGUUGCCUGUAAAAAAGACAAUUGGAUUCGCUUAUUCAAAUAGCUUGGGGCGAAGUAAUAAAAAUCAAAUAACCAGGGACACGAUAGGUGAUAAUAAAAUCAUCCAGAAAAAUGGAAAAAAUGUAGCAGCUCAAUAUGCCUACAAUUUGAUGAGUAGCAAUUUUAAAAAAAUGCCACCUGGUCAAGCAAAAAGUUGUCUUUAUCUAUCACAACAGCAGUCAAUGUCCAAGUCACAACGUUCAAUUCAAUCCGAUCAAAUAGUUUGCAAUAUCGGCAGUAGGUCCAAUGUUGGAGCAUCACAACCAAAAUUACGAAGGGGAGUUAAAUCUCAAAUUGCUCAGAGAACAUCUCAAAAUGUCAAACUUAUAAACAACAAUCAUUAUAGAGUAAUAUUGCCAAAACGAUCUAGUCAUGAACAAUCAAAAAUUCAAACAAAAAUUCCUAAUAAUAUUACUAAACAUUUUAUCACAACAAAUUGUGGUGAUUCAUCACCAAUUAAUUAUUGUGAUUCAACAUCUCAAAAUAAUGUUAUUGAAAGAUAUUUAACACAAAGUUUUCCAACAGCAUUAUUAAAAAAUCGUGUAAAUUCAUAUCAAUUAAGAAAUUUUAGUCAAAAUCCAAUUUAUCUACCUGAUACUGAAAAUAAUCGUCAUAAAAGUGCAAUUACUCGUAGUCAAAAUAUAAAAAAUAAUUUGAGACAUAAUAAUAUUCAAAAACCUUCAACAGCCACUCAAUGCUCAUUAAGAUCAAUGAAUAGUUUCAGUCAAAAUCAUGGUGUAAUUACAGCAUCGGCUUACAGAGAUUUAAAAAGUGGAAAUAUCAGAUGGUAGUUUUUAAAUUUAGCUUCUCAGUAAUUUUUUUUAUAAGAAUUUCGAUAAAAAAAAAAAUUUUUUUUUUUUGAUAAUUUUAUUUAAACUCUUGUAUAUUGUGUAUAAAUAUUUUUACAGAUAUUUAAUAACAUCAACAUUGUCAAUUUAUUUUGAUUUUUUUUUUAUAAUCCAAAUACUAAAUCCUAAAAUUUACUGAGAAACCUAAAUAAUAAUUGAAUAUUUUUAUUUAAAUUCUAUGUCAUUAUAUCAACUCACUCGACAUAAUAUAUCAUUGCCACUUCAUUCACCGACUGAUUAUACAGGUUGAAUUAUUCUUUAAAGUUCCUUCCUCUAUCUAUAAUGUAUGGAGCAUUGCAUUUCUUAACAUAUAUGAUAAAUUUUUGAUAUAUAUUUUAAUUCAAACCAUCAAAAAAAAGAAGAGAGACCAAUGUUUAUAAACGAGAAUUUUUAUAACUUAUUUUUUUUUCACAAAAUCAAAAGAAAUAAAUUUUAACGGAGAAUAAAGUAGAAAAAAUUAAAAAAUAAAAUUCUGUUUGAAAAUUAUAGAAAAAAAAAAAAACCUUUGCUCAGAUUCUUUUUUUUUUCUGACGUUUUUAUUAUAAAAGCAAAAGAAUAGUCUUGUAUUUUUAACAUCAAAAACUUUUCUAUUAUGAGAUAUAAAAAAAUUAAUAUCUAAAAAGUUUCCCUCUAAAGUUUGUGUGUGAAAAAAAAUUUACCAACUUUUCAAUAAGUUUUUCAAGUAAAUGUAAAAAAAAGAAGCACCCAACUUUUUUUUUAUGAUCUCUAUUAUUAAACAGUUGAAAUGAAAUUUUGUAAACUUUUUUUCUUUU